CGAAUUUGACCGAAUGAAAGAAUUCCGUGGGAACGUGACGAUGAGUGAUAUCACGCCUCGUGGGAAGACUGUCCUCAGGGUGAAGCAGUGAGUUCAGUGAGCCUCAGAGAGACUGUGCAGGUGUGGUCUAACUGCAAAACCGGAACUAUCCAGAGCGCAGUGGCCAGUCUCUGCGCACUCACCGACGCGCAAAGACGCGCAACAAGAGUAGAGGAGAACAGGAGGACUUUUAUAACUUUCCUUGCGCUUCCUUUGGUUGAGACUGGUCAUUGAAUUGGUGCUGCACUCUUCUGCAGAGAUGAGUUUGUCCGGAUCUCAGACCAGACUCCACCAGAUCGGCCGCAGAUCCAACUCCCGGCCCGAUCUGACCACCGUGGGCUACAGUUUACCCCGGAAUGAGGCUGCGCCGUACAUGAUGAGUGGAAAUGGAUACCAGUCUGAGUUCAAUGAUGGCUAUACGCAGACCAUUUCACAAACAUUCUCCAGAAACUCACAAGGCGGAGGAGGAGGAGGAGGGGGACAGAGCAUGUCGUCCAUGUCUGUUCAAAAAAGAGCUCAGAUGCUUCACAACGAAUGUAUGGGCUGUCUGAAUCGAGCACAGAACAUCCUAGAGAAUAUGGGACUAGCAGCUGAAGUGGACAAAAACAUGAAUUCGGCAGCGGCUCUGAUUGAGCAGAUGAAUAAGUAUGCCGUAGACUUACGCAAUGCCGGUCAUCCCAAUGACAUGGUGCUCCGAAGUUUGGAGGAAUGCCACGCCUUUCACUCAGAAAUUCGAAACUCCAUCACGGGCACCACUAUCAGGAGGGCCACUUAUGGAGGUAAUCGGAUCGUCGGGUCAGAGGUUAUCGCAUGGGAUGACCCUAGCAAGAGCUAUCAGGAGGCAAUCGCAUGGAUCAACCAGAAAAAGGUCUGUCUCUGUGCCACAGUUUAAGCACACCUGCUUUUCUUUUGCACAACUGUCUGUUCAAAGCUAUAAUGUAUGAGCCAUUCAUUGGAUAAAUAAAUGAUUAUGAGAAAAAACACUCUCAAUCCAUCUACCUACUAAAAACAAAACUAUUUAACUAACAAGUAACUUAUUUAGCUGUCGUAUUGUUUCUUUGCAUGGUGCACAACAGUAAGAUGAGGUGCAUCUAAUGAUCUAUAACCCCUAAUGUUGCCAAGACUACCUAAUUCUCACAAUGCACAAUUUUGUGUGCA